AUGAAGUUCGUGAGAAACAUAUUGAACAAUAUUAAAGAUGCAGAAAAAGAAGAAGGAGAAGAAAAUAAGAAAUUAGAAAAAGUCCGCAGUAGGGAAGUAUAUCCUUUUGAGAGAGUGGAUAUCUUAAAGCUGAGCGGUGUAGCGUGCAGCGUAGUUCGGGAGUUGGCUGAUGAGAGCGCCAGCGGCGCACGGGGAGCAAUUUGCAGGCGUGGGGGGUCUCUGGGGAGGAGGCCGAGCCCUGCGGCGCAGCGCCGAGGGGGGCGCCCACCCCCCCCUGCCCCCCAACCGACAGUCCCUCUCACCCCAUUCCGGUCCCCAUUCCAUCUCGUACCCUCUCAGCCCAUCUCACCCACUCCCAUCCCAUCGCUGCUGCGCACCCAACGCGAAGCGCCUCGUAUCCGGCUCGCCCCUUCUCGCGGAGCCUCCGCUCGCCCGCGCGCGCCUCCACGUGCACAUCCGCCGCUGCCGCCCGCCGCACUUAGUGCCUCUGAGCCACAGAGCGCCCUCCCCUCCCUCCCAAAGAUGUUGGCGCUCGGAUUCAAGGAGAAGGUGCAACCACUUGCAUCUUCCUUUACGACAGGCGUCUCAGACACUGAUAGGGCCGCCAACCUUGACCAAAGUAAAAAAAAAAGCGGCAUGCGGCUCGGGUGCGGGCAGUUGGACACCCCUGCCGUGGAGCGUGGGCAUUCGUGGGGAGCAUUAGCACGCGGCACGCGGGGCGGGGCGGGGCGGGGCGGGGCGGGGCGGGGCGGGGCGGGCGGGGGGCGGGGCGGGCAGGCGGUUGGCAGAGCCGCGACCAGGAAGGUGUAUGUCUUGGCUCGUCCAUCCCUGACAGAAGAGAAAUAUGCUACUAAAAAAGAAAAUCUAAGCAAAAUAACAUGUGUGAAUUUUGAUAAAGGUAGUUUUUGUCUUUUCCUUGCAAUUAUUGACACCGGUCUCUUUAUCAUAUCUUUGGAAUUUUUCUUAGUUGAACAACCUUGGGAACAUGAACCUCCUGUUGUUGCGGUUGAGACGCAGGAGUGCCAACCUCAUGUUGCGGUUGAGACGCAGGAGUGCUGGGGCGGGAACUGUGUUCAAAUACCGCAAGCGGAUGAAUGCAGAAGAUUGAAGAGUGUUUCAAGCGUGUUGUACGCGCGAUUGAAGUCUGAACCGAAGAGUAAUGUUUCACACAGAGUGGAAAAAAGUGCCGUUAAUUUUGAACUGGACAUCGAAUCAGUAGAUCUACUAAAUGGUGAUAUAAUCAUAUUCUUUCCAGCCAUUUCGAAAAUAACUUACUUCAAUAUGCAAUUCUGCAAUACGAUGAAGAGCUACAAUGGUUCUUUUAUCAAAAGAUUUAGUUGUUUUAUUAUUAAUAUUACCAAAACCAGGUAUUUUUUUAAACUUGUAUAUAUUUUUUUGAGUUUAGGAAUGACAGUAGUGUUUUUCACACGUAUAUUCUAUGAAAAAACAUCCUUCUAUGGCGUACGCAGUUCCGUGAAUAGAAAUAUAUUUAUCUUCAUAUAUUACUAUAAUCUUGCGAAGAACCAAAUUAAUCUAAUUUUUAUUUUGUGCUUGUUAAAUUGCAAUAACAAUGUUCAA